AUGGACUGCAACCCUCCUCGUGAGGAAGAGCGCAUUCCAAGGCCUCUCGGUGUGAGAGGCACUCGAGGGGGCGCCGCAGCCCAGAGGAAGCGGAAAGCAUAUCAAAUAUAUAUCUUUCUGCGCGAUCAGGACUUGGGCAUCUUCGCUGAUCCAUCCGAAGUUCCCUUCCGUCGCCCUGACGGAUCUACAAGAUCCGUAGUGCGCCGUCCGAGGACGGCUCCCUUUCAGGCUGUGGAAGAGCAGUCAGAAGUGAUCGUUAUUGACGAUCAGGCCCCGGAGACUCCGCCGCCUUCUACGCCAGUUCGCGAAGACCACGGCUCCAUCACCUCCACCCGCUUCUUCGUCAUCAAGCUCUUCAACUCAGAGGCCUUUGCCGGCUCCAAAGCCUUUGUUAACUCCAUCGGCUUCAUUGUCAUCAGACAUUCCGGCUCCGAAGACUCCACCGAAAGCUCCGCCUCGAAGUUUGUGCUGCAUCGUGUGCCGGAACCUUCGCAUCCUCCGCCACCUCAGGUGACAGGAAAUCCUCGUGUGAUUGACUUCCGUCCCCUGAAGACAGAGGUGCUGGACUUUGAGGGUGUUAAGGUGAAGCUUACGGAACCUGCUUUCGAGAGAUUCUCCUUUGGUUUGAGCUUGGAUUUUCACGGAGUGUUGGAUCGAUAUCACAAGAAGUCAACAAGCUGGACGGAUCCUAGGCCCGAGUUUCCUUCAGAGUGUGUGGCAGCCUUGCGCGAUCUUCAUUCGUUGAUUCCGCGCUACGGGGGCUUAUUCUUCGUCUGCAGUUACUGUCAUCACGAGGACACUAAAAGGCACGUGGUUGAGACGACAGUGAAUUCCUGUGAUACGCUUUUCACGCAGAUCGGGGAAUCGCCUAUUUGCCUCAUUUUCAUUACGAGGAAGGCCACUGGUCCGUUGGGGAAGCGUGCAGUGCUGGAACAUCUGGCAAAGGAGGUUGAGCUCCCCAUCAUUCACGUCGACGACUCUGCAGAUGUCUGUGACGAGUUGGCGGGCUCUGAGCACGUGAUUCCUCUGCAUAUUGCCAUUCCGAAGAGAUCCAAGGGGAGUCGUGGACAGCGCACUAUUUUUCCGCGUGCUCCCGUGCCUUCCUUUGACAGCUUUCCGGAGUGUACUGACGCUAUCAAAGGUCAGGUGCGGAAGUGGUUUCCGGACGCCUAA